AUGGCCACUGGAUCCAUCCCAACUUGGAGCUUGGAGGGCAAGGUUGCUGUCGUUACCGGUUCCGGUCGUGGUAUCGGCAAGGAGAUGGCUCUCGAGCUUGCGAGGCGAGGUGCCAAGGUUGUUGUCAAUUACGCCAACAGCUCCGAAGCCGCCGAUGAUGUUGUCAAGCAGAUCAAAGCAAUGAAGACUGGUGCCGACGCAGUUGCCAUUAAGGCUAACGUUGCCGACACCAAGCAAACCGCGAAACUCAUGGACGAAGUUGUCAAGACAUUUGGCAAACUCGACAUCUGCUGCUCCAACUCUGGUGUCGUCUCUUUCGGUCACUUCAAGGAUGUGGAUGAAGAGGAGUAUGACCGCGUCAUGAGCAUCAACACUCGAGGGCAAUUCUUCGUAGCCAAGGAGGCGUACAAGAGGAUGGAAAUUGGCGGCAGGAUCAUCCUUAUGGGCUCCAUUACCGGUCAGGCGAAGGGUGUACCAAAGCACGCCGUCUACUCUGGUUCUAAGGGCGCCAUUGAGACAUUCACCCGAUGCAUGGCUAUUGAUGCCGGCGAGAAGAAGGUUACUGUCAACUGCGUCGCUCCUGGUGGCAUCAAGACUGACAUGUACCACGCCGUGUGCCGGGAGUAUAUCCCGGGAGGUGACAAGCUCAACAACGACCAAGUCGACGAGUAUGCUGCUACCUGGUCACCAAUGAACCGUGUUGGCCAGCCCGUGGAUAUUGCCCGCGUUGUUGCCUUCCUUGCCUCGCAGGACGGGGAGUGGGUAAACGGAAAGGUUAUUGGCAUUGACGGUGCUGCUUGCAUGUAA